GGGGAAUCUUGAUCUUUAGGAUAGCUCUAGGCUGAGAUGUUAGAUGCUUGGAUUUUUUUUGGAUUUUUUUUGGAUUUUUUUCAGGUUUCAUGACCACCGCAAUGACGAUCUGCGCACGCUUCACGGAUGGUUUAAUAAGGGCUCCUCUUUUUUUUCGGUUUUUUUUUUUCUUUUUUUUUUUUUGGAAAAACUGGUCUUCAAUUGCCGAUAUCGCUUUUUCUUUUUCGAAAUUUCCCCUUUCUUUUCUUUCCUCUCUCUCUGCGCAUGGUUUUGGCUGGGUUUUACUUUUUGCUUUCUUCGACGGGUCGGAUCUUUGCUUUGUGAACUUUUAUCAUGCUUUUUUUUUCCGAGGUCAAAUCGUUUCCUUUCGUUUCCUUUUCCUUUUCCGUUUCAUUUUCCUUUUCUCUUCCGAGACGGGUUCUUUUCUCCUCGGCCGUUUCUUUUCUCCUCCGAGACCGGGGGCGAUGAUUCCUCCCGCUACGUUUUUUUCGUUUCAAAUAGGUACUGGAUGUUUUCUUUCUUCUUCAUCUGUCAUUUAGGAUUUCUUAUUCUUAGCAUAUGGAGUAUUGAGAGUU